AUGGGAGUUUUAAUUCAUCCAAAAAUGGUUGAAAUUGGGUAUAGAUUAAAUGAUAAGCUGAGAAAUGGCCGUGUUAUAUUUGAACCUAAGACAGUUACAAUGUCUUUUAUUCCAUUGAGGUCUGUUCUUAAAAUGUUAUUCCAAGAUUGCAAUUUAUUUCAUGUGAUUCUUGAAUUUAUGAACAACUUAAAUUCUAAUUCAGGAUGUAAUACUAUUUCUAAUUUUGUUCAAUCACAAUUGUGGCAAAGAUCCCAUGCAGGAAAUAAUAAACUAGGUGCUGUUUAUGUAUCCUUGCCAUGUUUGCCUCCUGAAUUGGCAUCUUCAUUGGAAAAUAUACUCUUGGUACAGUUAUUUACAUCCAAUGAUAGACAAGAAUUUGGAAAUCAAGUUAUUUUUGCAGAACUUAUAUCUGAAUUAAAUUUUUUAGAGAAUGUAGGGAUUGAUAUAUUAUAUAAUGAUAAAAUGUAUAGAGUAUUCUUUUCUUUAGGCUUAAUUUUGGGUGACAACUUAGGUUUGCACUCAAUACUAGGCUUUAGUGAAAGUUUUGUCGCGCGAUUUCCCUGUCGUUUUUGUAAAUCACCAAAACUAGAUUGUCAUAAUCAAGUUACUCAAGUCGAUGGAAUGCUAAGAAAUAAAACUAAUUAUGAUGAGGACAUAUCAAUAAACAAUAUUACUCUUACUGGUCUUAAAGAACUAUGUGUUUUCAAUCAAAUAAAUUCAUUUCAUGUGACUCAGAAUUUUGCAGUUGAUAUUAUGCAUGAUAUUUUGGAAGGCGUAUGUAAAUAUGAUAUAGUUGAUACUUUAAAUAAUAGAAUUGAAUCUUUUAAUUACGGAUCAAUUGAUAUUCGUAACAGACCACCUCUUUUAUCAACUGCUCUAUUAAAAAAUGGUUUAAUAAAAAUGUCUGCAAGUGAAAUGCUUCGUUUUACAAAGUAUUUUGCUUUAAUUGUAGGAGAUUUAAUACCAUUGAAUUCAGAAAUUUGGACGCCUUAUUACAAUACAUGA